GCUGAAGCGGAGGCAACAGGUCGUUCGUGUAACUCUGUACGGUGUUCAUGGCCUCUGCAGGGUCGUAUUGGAGAGAAUCAAGGCUAUACGCGAAAGCGGACUGCGGUGAAAAAAAAAGAAAAAAAAAUAUAGGCAAACGAAACUAUGAUAAAAAGACAAACAAUAGACAAAUCAUAGAAAACUAUCGACGCGGUCUGUCGUCGAUAGACGCGUUGCCGGUUUUUCUUUACCUCUCGGUAAUCUACGCCACCAUUUUAUACAUGAUUAAAUGUUACGGUAACUCGUGAAAAGAUGACAACGAAAAGUAUGCAGGUUUCAUUCUAUUUACGGAGGCAUCUCGAACGCCGGUGUGAAAUUUUCAAUUUCAUCAGCGAGUCGCCUUUUUUUUCUUAAUUUUGCGUAGGAAAAGAACCUUAGUAGAAUUCAAACUGCAGAAAGUGUUGGAGACAUUUGAUUCACCGCUACCCAGAAUGCUAAGCGAUUUUAUAUGAUGGCAGAUUUUCUUAACUAAUUACAUUUUACCGCGGCGGCGAAUGGCGAUUUCCCAUGACUCCUUGGAGUUUUUCUAAUCCAUUUCUAAUCCUAGGUAGUGGCGAACUCUGCUAGGAAAAUUGGAACUUCGUGAUUGUUCGGACUGCGGAACAUACGGAAUUGUGAAUUAUUUUAAAUUGAUUUCCCGUUGCCAAGCGACACGGUGUUGGUGUUUUCACAAAAUACAAAUGUCAGUCGGGUUGCGCGAUACAAGGCACAAACAUGGGUCUGCCAGAUAUAGACAACAUACCCGAUAGCGGUGCAGUAUUUACGAUCGGACGAAGUAGAUUCGCCGAUAAUUUCGCCUCGCAUUUUUUUAUCCGGCAAGACCCUGUAGUGAGCAUUGUCUGCGGGGAUGAACAUUCCGCUGUAGUUUGUCAAAGUGGUAGACUCUUCGUAUUUGGAAGUAAUGAUUGGGGUCAGCUGGGGCUUGGGCACAAGAAUCACGUGAGCAAACCAUCCUGCGUGAAAAUUCUGAAACCAGAAAAAAUAACGAACGUCGCGUGUGGACGCGCUCACACUUUGAUAUGCACAGGUGGGCAAAAAAUAUUUGCCUGUGGAAGCGAUCAGGAAGGGCAGUUGGGUCGCGGCGGACUCGCCGCUGGGGACAGUUCAAGUUCACCUGUUCUGGUUUAUGACUGCGGAUUGGCUGGUCCGAGAAUCUUGCAAAUCGCCGCGGGUUCUCAUCAUUCCAUGGCGUUAAUUAGCGACGGAGGGGUGAUUGCUUGGGGUAGCAAUCUCGAAGGACAAUUAGGGCUGCCUGGAACAACUGGACUAGUCAAUAAGCCAACGAAAGUACCGAUUCCAGAGCCUGUGAGAGCGAUCAGCACGGGAUAUUAUCAUUCAGCAUUUUUGACCGAAAGCGGCCUAAUAUACGUAUGCGGUGAAGCUGAAAGCGGCAAACUAGGAAUUGUUGUCAACUUCUCUACUCAAGCAGCUCCUAAACAGUUGCAGCUUCCGGGUCCAGCUGCGAAGAUCGCUUGCGGUGGACAUCACAGUUUAGUUUUGACCGAGACGGGGGCUCUUUACUGUUUUGGAAGCAACGUCAGCGGACAAUUAGGAAUGGGAGUGAGCGUCACAGAAGUACAAACGCCGAAACUUCUACCUCGGGGUGACACCAGUGGAGAAGUUAUCACGCAAAUUGCUGCCGGAGAAAGUCAUACGGCCAUAGUUACAGAGUCUGGAAAGUUGUUCAUGUGUGGCGAUGGAAGACAUGGAAAACUUGGUCUCGAGGAAAAUGAAAAUAACGUUCACGAGAUUACACAUGCCGUGAAAUACGAGGAACUGAUCGUGACAGAUGUGUCAUGCGGUGGGUGUCACACAAUUCUCGUUGGCAAACGGCGUGAAGAUACCGACGAAGACUCUGCUGCUGUGCACUCGGACUCUGUGUCAAGGAAAAAUUCAUUGCCACCGUUAAAAAUCCCAGGACUUGGAAAACUUGGAGAUCUUUUACCGGAGAAAAAUGUAAUCGAUAGCGCUAUGAAGUCAGUGGAAAAUGGCUUAGCGGAAACGCGGGAUAACGUAAAAGACGCAGUGAUGAGUGCCAAGGAGGAAUUACAGAACAAUGUCGAAGGGAUGGUGAAAAAUGUAACCGAUACUGUGAAACAAGACGUGGAAGUGGUGAAAAAGACUGCCGGGGAUAUAAUGGGAAGUAUGAAGGAGGCGAUUGGUCACGUAGAAAAGCCAGAAUUUCCAAAAAAACUAGCGGACUACAUGGAAGAGGGAAAGAAGACCGAAGAAUUGCUAGACGAGCUCGCGAAUGAAACGGAGGAAACAGGGGGUGAUAAAAUUCACGGAGAUUCGGAUGGUGGGGCGGUUGACAACGCUAAAGAAAUGAAUAGAAAACAAUCGGCGAGCAGUCUAAAUUCUACAAUUUCAGCUCAUAGUAAUCGAUCGAUCGAUAGCAAACGAAAAUCCUCACUUAACAGUCUCUCAAAAAUUCAAAAGCCGGAAUCACCUAACUAUGAGCAUCCGAUUCCUCCGCCAAAACCACCCAGACAAAAAUCAGGGCUUUCCAAUUCUGUAAUUGAUGGAGAGAGAAUUUUAUCAGCUUCAAAAUCCGCGGGGUCAAACGAUUCCGCCAAAAGCGCAGAAAAAACGGGUAGAGAAGGAUCUGAUAAUUCUACAAAUCCCUUCGAAAUUGAAGAUGGUAUCGGACAAGCUGAAAGUGAUAUUGCUAAAAAACCGACGACACGAAAGAGUUUAGAAAGUUUGUCUUUGAAAAAUGAGGGACAUGAAAUUGACAAGGUUAAACAAGAGGAGACGGAAAUAAAUAAAGCAAAAGAGACAGAGGAUGUAAAAGGACAGGAAAAAGCAGAAAUGGAAAUGACACAGGAUGAUUCCGAUGUCGUGCAAUCUCCAGCACCAAGAACAGGUAAAAUAUCGAAACUAUUCAAAGGAAAAAAACCACAAGCUGAUCAAAAUGGCGUAAAAGGCAAUUCUAGUGCUUCAAAUUCGAAAGUAAAGUCGAGAACGUGCACCGUGCUGUAACUGUGAAGACUUUCCAUUAGACUUCACGUCAUAUUUUGUUAUAUUUUUUUAUAAAUUCGUUGACGAUGAAUAUCCAAGACAGCCAGCUAGCCUUAUGGAAUUCGAUGUGGUAGAACGGGAAAGUGAAGAGCAAGAAACAAAUUUUCAGUUUCUUAGACCAUUACCGACCCAUUUACAUUUCUUCAGUCAAUGAUAAAUUAUACAAGAUUCGGGAUCGGGACCAAGUUGAACGGAAUCAAAAUUUUACAAAAGUGAUGACCAUCAUUUUACAUGUAUAGGCAAUUCUAGUUAUUCUUAUAAAUGCUAUAAUGAAAAAUAUUAUAGAAGUGUAAAGGAUUAGAUAAGUUAUUUAAGGCUGUUCUUAUUGUUAGUGUAAUUUAACAUUGUAUUGAAUAUAAUAUUAUACAUACCUCUAUACAUAAUAUACAAAUAAAUAAAGAUUGAAAAAUGA